GGCCCCCUCCCCCUUCACUUUCUCCAAUCUCGCUACUCCCCUACCCCGCGCUGGCAAGACAGGUUGCUAGGUCCCGAGAAAAGAAGGGCGAGGUGGCGGAGGGAUAUGAGCCUGGCCAUGGGACAAGAGUUAAGCCCCAGGGACUAGCCGGGGAAAAGUUUUCCUGUGCGCGCGUGCGAGCGGUGGCGGAGCGGCGAGAGCGGCCGGCGGAGCUCCCGGGGCGCUCAGAGAGGCCCGGGCAGCGGGGCUCCGAGAUGAGGGCGGCCGCCGGCUUGCUCUGCUUCCUGGGCCUGAGCCAGUGGGGUUGGCCCGUCGAUGCGGCCGCUUGUCAUGGGUGUUCAUCUGGACCCAAAUGUGACUGCAGUAGCGUAAAAGGAGAGAAGGGAGAGAGAGGACUUCCAGGUUUGGAAGGCCACCCAGGUUUACCUGGAUUUCCAGGAGCAGAAGGACCACCUGGGCCUCCAGGUCAAAAGGGUGAUGACGGUGCUCCUGGGCCAGUGGGCCCGAAGGGAAUCAGGGGGCCCCCUGGACUUCCUGGAUUCCCAGGGACACCAGGUCUUCCUGGAAUGCCAGGCCAUGAUGGAGCCCCAGGACCUCAGGGCAUCCCAGGGUGCAAUGGGACAAAAGGAGAAAGGGGAUUUCCCGGCUUUUCUGGUAUUCCCGGUUUACCAGGUCCCCCGGGUCGUCCUGGGAUUCCAGGAGUGAAGGGACAGCCGGGGAGUAUAAUUCUGUCCACGGCGCUGGGCCCAAAGGGGGACCCAGGCGAUCCGGGGCUUCCAGGAAGACAAGGUCCAGCUGGUAUGACCGGAAGCCCAGGGCCUCUCGGUUCCCCUGGUCUGCCAGGAUGGAUGGGGCCUCCUGGGCCGCCAGGAAUUCAAGGACCAAAGGGGAAUAUGGGCUUGAAUUUCCAGGGUCCCAAAGGUGAAAAGGGUGAACAAGGGCUACAAGGUCCGCCUGGCCCCCCGGGGCAGAUUGGGGAAAUGAAGAGACCCAAUGAGACGGAGCUGCUGAAAGGAGAUCAGGGUGCUCCGGGGGACCAAGGCUCACCUGGACUUCCCGGGCUCCAGGGGCCUCCUGGUCUUCCUGGUGGUGUGAAAGGUGAAAAAGGCUGGCCGGGAGAACCGGGCCAGAAAGGUAAGCCAGGCAGAGAUGGAGCCAGUGGCCUCCCGGGCAUGCAAGGCUUGCCUGGUGAUCCCGGUGUUCCUGGUAAACCCGGAAGGGGAGGCGAGAAGGGUCAAAAAGGUGACACCGGCCCCCCCGGCCCGCCUGGACUUGUACUUCCUCGCGGUGGGACUGGUGAAAAAGGGAACUUGGGCUUGCCUGGCUUGCCGGGAGAGAAAGGAGAUCAAGGUUCCCCAGGGGCACCGGGUCUACCCGGCCUUCCUGGGCCUCCAGGGCCUACUGUCACGGGACCUCCCGGACCCCCUGGCUUUCCUGGGGAAAGGGGCGAGAAGGGAGCUAAAGGGCUGCCCGGCGUCCCCGUACCUGGCCAGCCCGGAUGUGACGGGCAGCCCGGGGCUCCUGGUCUCCCUGGGACUCCGGGCAAACCGGGACCUCAUUUCCCUAAUGGUGCGGUGUGUGAAAAGGGAGCUCGGGGCCCACCAGGAUCUCCGGGGGACAGAGGAGUGCCGGGAGAGCAAGGAGUGAAAGGAGACAAGGGGGACACCUGCCUCAACUGUAUCGAAGCUGGCCUCCCUGGCCUUCCAGGGGAGCCUGGGCUGCCAGGACCUCCAGGCCUCACAGGAGCUCGUGGUUUCCCUGGGCAGAAAGGUGCCAAAGGAAAUGCCGGUGCCAUUGGUCCAGUAGGAUCACCAGGCCUUCCAGGAGUUCCGGGUGCCUCAGGAGAGCCUGGUUCAAAAGGAAGUCCAGGGGACACCAUCAGUUUCCCAGAAAUGAAGGGUGACAAAGGUGAUGCAGGUCUCCCUGGAGCUUCAGGGAUUCCUGGUUUGCCUGGCAGUCCCGGAAAAGAUGGAUUGCCCGGACUUCCCGGCAUCAAAGGAAAACCUGGUGGCUUUGCUUUGAAAGGUGAAAGGGGUCCCCCUGGAAAGCCAGGUUUGCCGGGUCUGCCCGGGACCAGAGGGCCCAUGGGUCUUCCUGGUUUGGGCCUACCAGGCCCUAUGGGUAAAAAAGGCAUCCCAGGCAUGGCAGGAAAUCCGGGUCCCCCAGGAAUCCCAGGUGCCAAAGGUGAUCCUGGGCCAACUAUAUCCCAACCGGGACCUCCUGGCUUGCCCGGCCUGCCUGGCAGAGAUGGUGAUGUGGGUCUUCCAGGUGAUCCAGGGUUUCCAGGUGUGCCAGGCUUGCCGGGAAUCCCUGGCAGUAAAGGGGAACCAGGUCGCCCAGGCAUUGGUCUUCCCGGACCACCAGGUCCCAAAGGUUACCAGGGAAUGCCGGGGCCUCCAGGAACCCCCGGAGCACCUGGAAGACGUGGUCUACAAGGCGCUCCUGGGCAUCCUGGUCUCCCAGGUCCAAAGGGGGAGCCAGGGGUUGGCCUUCCUGGACCGCCUGGACUUAAGGGACUCCCGGGCGUUAAAGGAGCACCUGGUCCAAAAGGCAGCACUGGUUUCCCGGGGCUCUCAGGCAUCCCAGGGCUCCCUGGUUUGGAUGGACCGGCCGGGCCAAAAGGUGACCCGGGAACAAUCGGACAGCCCGGAUUUAUGGGUCCUUCUGGGCCACCAGGAAUGGGCCGUCCAGGCCAUCCAGGACCACCGGGGGUUCCUGGAUCUCUUGGUCAACCAGGCUUGCCGGGACACCCGGGAGGAAAGGGAGACCCAGGACCCCCUGGAUUUGAUGUCUCGGGGCCUCCCGGUGAGAGAGGCCAUCCGGGCCUCCCUGGAAUACCUGGGGUCAUGGGGCUUCAAGGUUUUCCAGGGUCCCCAGGUCGAGAUGGCGCCCCCGGGCUUUCAGGUGCCAAAGGUGAAAUGGGGAAGCUGGGGCCUCCAGGACCACCGGGACCUUUAGGAAUUCCUGGCAGGAGUGGUGUUCCUGGCUUGCAAGGUGAGAACGGUUUGCCGGGUCAGCCAGGAUUUCCUGGUCCUGUAGGACAAAAAGGUGGAAAAGGCGAGACUGGCAUUCCAGGCCCUCCUGGACAAGUGGAUCCCAACUAUCCGAAAGUAAAGGGGGAGAAGGGAGACCCAGGAUUACCAGGCGUUCCUGGACCGUUGGGUCCCAAAGGCUCCCAUGGUCAUCCUGGAGACCCAGGACAACCUGGACUGGAUGGACAGCCUGGUUCCCCAGGAGCACCAGGCCCCAAGGGAAACCAAGGCCUUCCUGGGCGACCGGGACCCGUAGGCCCUCCUGGAUUAAAAGGCUGCAUAGGAGAAAUGGGAUUUCCAGGUCUCCAAGGUGUGCAAGGGUCCCCAGGGGUGCCUGGAGUUGCCGGCCAGCCUGGCUCCCCGGGAUUUCCUGGACAAAACGGAGAGAAAGGAGCCCCUGGUAUUGGAGGAAUAGGCCGCCCAGGUCUCCCGGGUCCUAAGGGUGAUCCUGGCCUGCCUGGGUACCCAGGGACUCCUGGCAGUCAAGGUGCCCUGGGAGACACCGGUUCGCCUGGUGCCCCAGGGAGCCCUGGGGCCAAAGGACAGCCAGGCUUGCCCGGACGGCCAGGUAUUACAGGCCUUCCUGGACCCAGAGGUAUGGAUGGCCCAUCUGGCAGCCCUGGUAUUCCAGGACAAUCUGGUCCUGUAGGCAGUCAGGGCCAUCCUGGUCCCCCAGGAUCUCCAGGAGAGAAAGGGAAACCGGGUCAAGAUGGGAUUCCUGGACCAGCUGGACAGAAGGGUGAACCAGGUCAACCAGGAUUUGGAUUACCAGGACCUCCCGGAAUCUCAGGAUUUCCUGGUGAGAAAGGUGAUGAAGGUUCGCCAGGUACUCCAGGAAGCCCUGGACCUCAAGGCCCCAAGGGUGAACGGGGCUUUCCUGGCUUUCCUGGUAUACAAGGACCCCCAGGUCCUCCUGGCUCUCCGGGUCAAAAUCGAGAAGGUCCCAAAGGGAACCCUGGGCCCCGAGGUCAUCCUGGGAGAGCAGGGCCUAAAGGUCCCCGGGGUGUCGCUGGAAAUGGCCGAGCGAAAGGAAAGAGAGGAGAUCCGGGCCUACCUGGGAAGCCCGGCUUGCCUGGUCUCAAAGGAGAACGAGGUCCACCUGGGCCCCAGGGCGAUCCUGGGUGGCCAGGGUUCAUUGGAAUGAAGGGGAAUCCUGGUAUCCAAGGUAUCCCGGGAUUCCAAGGGAUGAAGGGCCCCCCUGGUGCUCCUGGUUCAGCCGGCCCUGCAGGGGCUCCAGGCCCUAGAGGCCCUUCAGGUUCCCCUGGCUUUCCUGGUCCCUCUGAGAAGGAUAUCAUCAUCAAAGGAGAUAUUGGACCUCCCGGACUGCCAGGCUUGCCAGGAUUGAAAGGUCCUGUGGGGAUCCCAGGACCCCCAGGCUUCCCAGGCCCAACUGGACCGGCGGGAGACCCUGGACGUAAUGGACGCCUUGGCAUUAAUGGCCCGGUAGGCCCCAAAGGAGACCCAGGCCCAUCAGGCCAACCAGGUAACCGUGGAGUAGAUGGUUCUCCAGGAUCAGAGGGCCUGCCAGGUUUGCCGGGUCCCCCUGGAACCCUCUCUCUUGCCCAUGGCUUUCUCAUCACACGGCACAGCCAGACCACACAUAUCCCACAAUGCCCUCAAGGAACCGUCCAGAUCUACACGGGGUUUUCUCUCCUUUAUGUACAAGGAAACGAGAGAGCCCAUGGCCAAGACUUGGGGACAUCUGGCAGCUGUCUGCACCGCUUCAGCACCAUGCCUUUCAUGUUCUGUAACAUCAACAACGUAUGUAACUUUGCCUCAAGAAGUGACUACUCCUACUGGCUGUCCACUUCCAAACCAGUGCCGAUGAAUAUGGAGCCACUGUCGGGACAAAGCAUUGUGCCAUUUAUCAGUCGGUGCUCAGUGUGUGAAGCCCCGGCAAUGGUGAUUGCAGUUCACAGCCAGACCACCCAGCUCCCCUAUUGCCCGCAAGACUGGGAUUCUCUCUGGACUGGUUAUUCCUUUAUGAUGCACACGAGUGCUGGGGCAGAGGGCGCGGGUCAGACCCUGGCCUCUCCUGGUUCCUGUCUGGAAGAGUUCCGUCCGGCCCCCUUCAUCGAAUGCCACGGACGGGGGACUUGCAACUACUACGCCAACUCCUACAGCUUCUGGCUGGCGACCGUGGAGGCAUCCGACAUGUUCAGUAAGCCCCAACCGGAGACACUCAAAGCAGGAGACUUGAGGACACGCAUAAGUCGAUGUCAGGUUUGUAUGAAAAGGACAUAAAAUCUCAGAGAAUUCGGGGGAGGAGGAUGAAGAUUUGUCUGAAUGGAAAAUUCCCAGGGUGCACUGUUUCUGCCCCACCAUGGUGCUACUGUACACAGCUAAAAAGAGGGCUACAGACUGCUACCCGUCCAGAUCCAGAUGUACCCCUGCAAAAUGCUGGAACAAGCCUUCUCCCUUGCCUGGCUGACAAAAGGAACAAAGAAAAGAAUGGACCUCUUAGACCCAGGGAAAAUGCAAAUGAAGACUGUUUUUGGCCCACAAACUAAAACGGCCUUUUUUUUCUUUUUUUCUUUUAAUCGGCUAAGACAAGAACCACACUGAAUAUGUUUAAAGUAACAAGACUAUAGUUUUGGGGGGAAAAAAACCACAUUUUUCAUGGUGCUACUAACCCUCCUAUAUCCCGAGUUAUUAAUAUUAAAAUGGUAAGCUUAUUCCUCUGCAGAAGUAAGGAAUAUGUGUAUUGUGUUCAAACUGUCAAGUCAUUUGGACGUGAAGGCAGUGGAAGAUGGCUAAUCCGGCACAGCAGCCGGAGGCUCUAGCGCUUCUCGGGCAUCCAGUGGCUCGGUUGUCAGGUUCUCUGCCGUUCCCCCCCUCCCCCGGUCCUUUCGGAUGUGACUUCCUUUUAGAAAUAGAUGAUUUGGGUAAUUACUUUCAUUAGGAUUUUAAAUGUUCAUAUGAUGUAUAAUAUGUCUAAGGAUCCUGCUCCCUUGCUCUGGAAAAUGGAGUGAUUUCUCCUUCUAGGUCCAAAGCUCUAUUUCGAGACCCCUUACGGCAACUAUUCUGGGCUGGCUGGAGUCCCCUCCCGUUAGUCUUUUCCCUCUGCUUCCCACCCUAGAUUCUUUCUCUUCUGGUCUUUGCUGAGCAGGAGCUGAAAGGCUGGCACUUGGUUUCCACACGUGCUAUCACUUUACGAUUAUGAUUUUAAACACAGUUUCAAAUAAAGAGCCAUAACAUGUGUUUUUGAAGGU